AUGGCAAACACCAAAGAGUUGAAAAAGGCCCUGGGCGACAUUCCCGUCUUUCUCAUCGGCGACGACGGCUACGACGAGCACAUUGCGACCUGGAACACCUACACAGACCGCAAGCCCAUCGGCGUGGCCAUCCCCAAGAGCACGGCCGAGGUGGCGCGUGUCGUCCAAGCCAUCCGCCGCGCCGGCAUCCCCCGCGUGACCGUCCGCGGCGGCGGCCACUCGUUCGAGGCGCUCGGGCUGGGCGGCGCCGACGGCGCGUUUGUCAUUGACACGGUCCAGCUCGACACCCUCACGUCGGACCCGGCCCGCGACACCAUCACUGCGGGAGGCGGCUGCCUGCUCGGCCAGGUGGCCCUGUACGCCUGGCAGCACGGCCGCAAGAUGCUUCCCAUGGGCACGUGCCCGACCGUCGGGCUCGCCGGCCAGAUCCAGUGCGGCGGCUACGGCUUCUACACGCGCACCUACGGCACCCUGACGGACCGCGUGCUCAGCGUCGAGGUCGUGACGCCCGACGGCCGGGUGCGGACGGCGAGCGACAAGGAAAACGCCGACCUCUUCUUCGCGAUUCGCGGCGCCGGCACGGGCUCCUUUGGCGUCAUCACCAGCGUCACGUUGCGCACCAACGACGCGCCCGUCGAGGGCGUCGCCGUCUUUUCGCUCCGCUGGAGCCUGGACCGCCAGGACAUCCCGGACAUCCUGAAGAAGCUGCACGACGCGUCGGUGGCCUCGCCGCUCACCGUCAACCCCAUGGUAAUCAUCUGGCUGGGCGUCCUCGAAAUUGCCGGCGUCAUCCUCGAAGACUCGGCCGCUAAGCUGGACGCAACCUGGAAAGCGCUCACGGACACCCUCCCCGCAGCCGACACGUCGAGCCUGACCCCGCGCGACCUGAUCGACACGGUGGCCGACAUUGGUACCACGCAGACCUCGGCGCCGUGGUACGCGGAUCUCAGGGACCUCAAGCGCGAGGGGAGCGAGCACAAGCGCUUCAUGAAGAUCAAGGCCGGCUUCGUGCCCACCCUGCUGCCCGACGACUUCCUCGUCAAGCUCGCCGCGUUUGGCCAGACGCAGCCCCGGUCCGGCGUCCGCGUGCAGCUGCUCGGCCUCGACCCCGAGCGGAUUCCGAGCCCGGACACGACGUCGAUUAAAAUCCGCGGCUGUCCCUGGCUGAUGGGCAUGUCGGUCUGGCUCCCGGUUGCAGAGUACGGCGCCGAAACAGAGGCGGAGGCGAAGCGCCGCCUGCCGUGGCUGAACCAGGCGUAUGAGCUCUUCUACCCGCUCACCAAGGGCGGAUACCUGGGCGACGACGACUACGACGAGGCCAAUCACGGCCGCGAUAUGAUGGCUAGUUUCUACGGGGAGCAUCUGGACAAGUUGCGGGCGAUCAAGGCCAAGUAUGACCCAAGCCGUCUCUUCAGCCACCCGCUGUCUGUUUAG